AUGUCUGUAACAAACGACGAAGAAAAAAUGGAUAUUGACCUUCCACCCGAGAAAGUAAGAACUUUAGAGUAUAAAGGAGUAUUUGUAAAAUUUUGGACGCUGAGCCAAAGGUCAGCGCGAUUAGAAGCUCAUUUUACAGAAAAUUCUGAUUCUUGCCAGUCUGAUGAUGUGGGUACUUUGGUAAAGUCGGAAGUGAGCCCGCAUGAUCUUGCUAAAAGUACUCUCGAAGACGAAAAUGAACAAGUAAAAAUUGAACGUCCAGCAGAACGUGAAAACGAUGUUGCUGCUGAAAAAAAAGAUAAUGUGACUAAUGAUCAUCCGAACUCUUCGACGUGUACAGAGACGGGAGGGACUACGGAAGUUAAAGAAAAUGCUCCUAAGCAAGGCCUUCUUGAUAAACCGCUAGUUCUGGAAGGCAAGCGUGAGCGCCACACAGUAAACAGACUGGUUUCGACACCGAAACAAUCACCUAAGAAAUUUAUACCGGAAAUUUCCGGCAGCGGUGUUCCGUUAGGAGACAUCGAGUAUGUAAAUGCUUCUAUGACUAAAAUCCGUGGCGAGGAGCUCAAACCAUUGCAUCGGCUUUGCUAUGGUAAAUCGGGGACAACGGUAACAGUAAAGAGGGAUUUAAGAAAAUUCAAUGGUUUUUCAUUUGAUGUGAACAGUCGUGAAUUUGAAAAGAGGAAGGCGUUGGCUAUGAAACUGAGAGGUGUAGAGGUGAAAAUUAUUCGCAAAAUUCUUGGUUCAGAGGUCUGUCGAAGCAAAGCUGAUACAGUAAGUUCUAAACGACCUGCUGUGACGCCUAAAUCGAACCCUGACGUGGUAACUGCUGCCAGUGGUGAUGAGGAUAGUGGUGCAGGAGUAACUAAGAAACGGCAGAAAGCCGUACCUGCAAAGAAGCCAAAAACCAGCAAACAGGGUGGUGAUGCAAAGAUGAAAAAAACAGCUGAAAAACCUUUGGCAGAUGUUCCAAGUACUGCGUCCUCGGAAAAGCAAGAGGAGUCGUCCUGGGGACCUGGAGGCCCCUCUGAUACAGAGCUGAAUUCUACGAUCAAUGAAAUACUACACUCUGUUGACCUCGUCCACUGUACUAUGAAGCAGAUGUGUCAGCGGUUGUCAGAACGGUUCCCGAACCUGGAUAUGGUAAAUUAUAAGAGCGCAUUGAAAGAGCGUAUUAAAGAGGCUCUGGAACAGAUGGAAGACGCAUAA